AUGCAGGGCCUCACGCCAUCUUACAAGCUUAGCUUGAUCAGUGUCGUCAUCUUGCUGCUUGGGCUGACCUCCGGCGACGUCGCCCAUGGCCGCAAGAAGCUCGUCUCGAGCUCCGACGGCGAGCCGUGCCACAAGAUGACGGUCUACUACCACGACAUCCUCUACGACGGCACCAACACGGCGAACGCGACGUCGGCGGUCGCGGCGCAGCCGACGCUGCUGAGCAGGUCGGUGUCCGUCAACGACAGCUACUUCGGCGAGGUGGUGGUGUUCAACGACGUGGUGACGGCGGGGCACGAGCUGGCGUCGGAGCCGGUGGCGCGCGCCGAGGGCUUCUACUUCUACGACAACAAGGAAUCGCCGAGCGCGUGGUUCGCCUUCUCGCUCGUGUUCAACUCCACGGCGCACAGGGGCACGCUCAACCUCAUGGGCGCCGACAUCAUCGCCGAGAAGACGCGGGACAUCUCCGUCGUCGGUGGCACCGGCGACUUCUUCAUGGCGCGCGGCAUCGCCACCCUUCGCACCGACACCUUCGAGGGCUUGUACUACUUCAGGCUGCAGAUGGACAUCAAGCUCUACGAGUGCUACGUCUAA